ACCUACCUACGAAUUAUAUUUUUAAAAACGACCAAUUAUUGCAUAAUAUGACAACGAAUACGCUAAGUUGACAUUUUCACAAAAUAAAUUGUCAACAUUUGUCUUAAGCUCCUAUACGCCUAACCUUAGGCUAGUUUCACGGUUAUACGUGCCGCGUGCGAGUGUUCGACGUAUCACACGCACAUUUUUAAGUUCGUAAGUAGUUCGUAGUUAGAUACUCGUAAAGUCGUAACUCAUCGAUAGCUAACAACUAAUAAGGUGGUCGGUGGCGUAUACACAUGAUAUAGAUCUAUGAUCGGCGGAUCUAUAAAAAAAACCAUAUUAUAUAUGAUAUAUGAUAUAUCUAUAUUUAUAUAGUUAUAUAGCCUAUAGGUAUAAUAUAUGAUGGCCAAUAAAAAUUCAAAAGCAGACGAAAAAUACCUGUUGAAAAAUGGCAGAGUCUUACUAAAAGAAAUGUUUGACGGGUUAGCUUACACCUAUCCUGCAUUUGAUGUGUAUCCAGAGAGUAGAAUAGUUGGAUUAAAAUUGAACUCAGAAAAACGGGUUUGUUUACUUGGUGGCGGCGGAUCUGGACACGAACCAUAUCCAUUUGGAUAUAUUGGUGAUGGGAUGUUAUCCGCGUCUGUUAGUGGUUAUGUGUUUACUUGUUGUUCAUCACUGAAUAUUUACCAGGCAAUCAAAUACUUAAAUAAUUACAACUGUAAUGGCGGAGUUUUACUUAUCGUGGCAAAUUAUACGGGUGACGUAUUUAAUUUUGGAUUGGCCUGUGAAAAAGCAAAAAAAAUCGACAAUAUUAAUGUGGCCGAGUUAAUAGUGAGCGAUGAUUGUUCAAGGCCUGGAGGAAAAGUAGGGAAAAGAGGCAUGUGUGGUUUAUUGUAUGUUAUAAAGAUAUUGGGUGUGUUGGCUAAACGAGGUAGUAGUAUUGAAGAUUUGUUGUCUUUGGGUAAAAAUAUCAAUGAAAAGCUAGCAUCGCUAGGAAUAAGUGCAACUUCAUGUAAUGUACCUGGUGAAGAACCAUCAUUUUUACUUCAACAAGGAGAAUUUGAAUUCGGAGUCGGAUUACACGGAGAAGCAGGGACUUCAAGAGUUAAAGCAUGUGAUGUGAAAGAUUUGAUCCGCUUAGCUGUAGACAAGAUAUGUAGCACCCUAGGUUUGAAAGAAUUCAGCGUAAUCUGUUUGAUUGUGAAUAACCUCGGAUUAGUAUCACACAUAGAGUUAGGUGCAUUGGCUAAAUACGCUAAAGAAUAUUUUGAUGAACUUAAAAUAGACAUUAGCCGUAUGUUUGUGGGAACAUUUAUUGUGUCUCUAAAUAUGUAUGGAUUUCAAUUAAGUGUUAUUGAUGUAACGGACAAUCGAGAAUGGAUUAAUUAUAUAGAUGAAGAAACAUCAGCUUUUGCUUGGCCAGGAAAUCAUAUGAGCAUCAAAACAAUUGAAAAACAGAAAUCGGAAAUGAUAAAAAUUCCAAAAAUUGACGAUAUAAAUCCUAAAUUAGGGGUAUGUAUAUCAGAAAAAGCAAGUUUAAUAUUAAAAAGUAUAUUGAAACAAAUUGGAGAAGAUCUUUUGAAAAAUGUCGAUGUCUUAAAUAAACUGGAUCAGGAAAUCGGAGAUGGCGACAAUGGUUCAACUAUUUCACGGUUUGCUUCUGAAUUGCUUACCAUUCUAAACAAACUUCCACUAAACUACCCAGCCAGUGUUUUGUAUUCUUUGGCAUUUAUCUGUGAGGAUAAAAUGGGUGGAGCCUCUGGGGCUCUUUAUAGUUUGUUGUUGACUGGAGCUGCUGGGCAUUUAGCUUCAAUGAACUAUUUAGACUGGAGUGGAGCGUUGAAGAAUGCACUAGAUACAUCUAUGAAAUAUUCAAGUGCAAGAAAAGGAGAUAAAACCAUGUUUGAUCCAAUAAUUGCGAUACAUCAAGUAUUUCAGGAACAUGGAGACUUAAAUGCUAAAGAUUAUGCAACAGUUUUAGAAAAAGCAUUACGGCAUGUACAUGAUGUUUGCAAUGAUGUAAAACAAAUGAAAGCAGAAUUUGGCAAAGCUUCUUAUGUAGAAAGUGUUACUUCUGUUGGUAAAAUGGAUGCUGGAGCUUAUGGUGUAGCUUUAUGGUUCAAUGCUAUACAUACCGCUUAUAUGGAUACAUCAAAAUAAAUAUUAUUUUUUAAUGAUAAUCAAUUAGAGUCGUUUUUGUUAUAUAUUUAAUAUGUUUUUACUAAUAUUAUAGUUUAAUGUAAAAAAAAUGAUGUUUAAGUAAAAAUUAAUUUACAAUAAAUAAUAAAAAUGCAACAAUU